GCUGGUCACCGACCACCAGAAGAAGCAAAAACCAGAAGCUGCUAGCAGAGCUAGCUUGUUGUUGUUCUGGUGUGUGAGGAGAAUAUUUGAGGCUCUGCAGUAAAAAUGUCUUCACUUCAGUCUCUGGGAGAGUUGAUCAGCUAAAGCGACUAACUGCUGCUGCUGCAGAAAUCUUCUCACCAGGCUGUGGAAACUUUCUUCUCCUCAACAACUUGGUGGAGUUCUUUCCAGAACCAGAGAAGAUAUUCUGCGGUCGUCGUGACAAUCGGAGCUCCAGAAUCAGGUUGUGGCUGUUAGCUAAACACGGCUAAAGAAAACCUGCUACCACUUCAGGAUCAUCCAUCAGCUGGGACUGAUUCAUCGUGUGUUCUUCACCACCUGGACCUGGACAGCAUGCACACAGGUGUGAAACAUCUGUAAAAGCCAGAUCUGGUGCAGGAAAGUGGCUGAACAGGAAGUGGGGAUACACUUUGCCUUCUGCGGUUAUUUUCAACAGGUGUUCUGGUUAAAUAAGAAGCUUCAGAAGAACAGAGUGCUCGUGUCAACCACCAGCACCUAGAUUUUCUCCACAAAAAGGAGGAACAGGAGAAACUCUGGUCUAGUAUGGAGGGAGAGCAUCUCCAUUUGAAUAAGGAGACCGAUGCUGCCAGGUUUCAAUCCUUUAGCCAUAAAACACAUUUAAACAAACACACGAGAGUCCACACAAAGCAGAAGCAUUUUGCCUGUGAGCACUGUGGACAAAGGUUUCACCAAAAGAAUAAUUUAACCACACACAUGAAAGUCCACACAGGACAGAAGCCUUUUGCCUGUGAGCUCUGUGUAAAAAGAUUUAACCAAAAGAAAACUUUAAACAGGCACAUGAGAGUCCACACAGGACAGAAGCCCUUUCCUUGUGAGCUCUGUGGACAAAGAUUUAGCCGAAAGACACAUUUAAACAGUCAUAUGAGAAUCCACACUGGAGAGAAGCCUUUCGCCUGUGAGCUCUGUGGACAAAGAUUUAGCCAAAAGACAACAUUAAACAAUCAUAUGAGAGUCCACACAGGAGAGAAGCCUUUCGCCUGUGAGCUCUGUGUAAAAAGAUUUAGCCUAAAGACAAGUUUAAACAGUCACAUGAGAGUCCACACAGGACAGAAGCCCUUUCCUUGUGAACUCUGUGGACAAAUAUUUAGCCAAAAGACACAUUUAAACAGUCAUAUGAGAAUCCACACAGGAGAGAAGUCUUUUGCCUGUGAGCUCUGUGGACAAAGAUUUAGCCGAAAGACAACUUUAAACAUUCAUAUGAGAGUCCACACAGGAGAGAAGCCUUUCGCCUGUGAGCUCUGUGUAAAAAGAUUUAGCCAAAAGACAACUUUAAACAGUCAUAUGAGAGUCCACACAGGACAGAAGCCUUUCGCCUGUGACCUCUGUGUAAAAAGAUUUAGCCAAAAGACACAUUUAAACAGUCAUAUGAAAGUCCACACAGGACAGAAGCCUUUCGCCUGUGAGCUCUGUGUAAAAAGAUAUAGCCUAAAGUCACAUUUAAACAGACACAUGAGAGUCCACACAGGCUUUUUGCCUGUGAGUUAGGUGGAAAAGAUUUACCCAAAAGAUCAAUUUAAAUGGUCACAAAAGAGUCCUUAAAGGACAGAAGCAUUUUGCUUGUGAGCUCUGUGGACGAAGAUUUCGCUGAAAGAAAACUUUAAACAAUCAUCUAAGCCUCCACUAGGGCUGAACGAUCUAUUGCAGGGGUCUCCAACCUUUUUUGGCCCGUGAGCUACUUUUACACAAUGAAAGUACAGCAGAGUUACUGCCAUAUGAUUUAUUUACAUUGAUACUUUCCAUGUGUGAAUGUCCUUAUUUUAAACAUGCUAUACUUACUAUAUUAUCAUUCAUUGUACUCACAAGUUGAUUUCUCUGUAUUUCAGUACAUCAAUAUAUAUAUUUUUUAAAAGUGUAAGUAAACUAGUGACAUUCUGAAAACCAAAUUGAACAAAACAUAUUUAGUUUUUUAAACUAAUCAGAUACUUUCAGAUAGUGAAUAACAAAUCUACUUAAUGUGAAUGAUUUGGUAAUUUUUUUUAGGUUAGUAACAUAACUUUUUAAGCACACAGGAACAGCUAACCUGUAAAGCUGAUGAUAUUUUAUAUAAAAUAAAGGCUAAAUGUGAUGAAAACACAAAAGUCUAAAUAGUUUGAAUUGAAGUAAAAAAUGUAAAAUCAGAAAUAAGUUUUGUUCCUGCUCUCCUGAUUUAUUGAAUAAUUUUUAUGGGUUUUUUUUUUUUUUUGGGCAAUGGGCAUGUAGGUUUUUUUUCUCCGCAGGUCUGAAGGCUGUGCGUUACACAGAGCAGAGAGACAGAGAGCAAGAGACCAGAACCAAAAGAAAUGAUCACAUCACACCAAUCUUAAAAUAUUUACAUUGGCUUUCAGUAACUUACAGGGUUGAUUUCAAAGACCUUUUACUUACUUUUAAACCAUUAAAUGGCCAACGACCUCUGUAUAUAGAAGAGAUGUUUGAAACGUAUCACCCUUCAAAAUCACUUAGGUCAGCAGAUAAAUCCCAACUGGUACAACCCAGAGUCCGCACCAAGCACGGAGAGGCUGCCUUUAGCUACUAUGCGGUCCGUUUCAGGAACUGUCUUCCAAUAGACAUUAAGACCUCUCCCACCAUUUCCAUUUUUAAAUCCAGAUUAAAUACUAAACUUUUUCAUGAUGCCUUCCAUUAACCUAUCCUUUCAUCUAUGCUCUACUAGGUCUUUAUCUGUACUGUGUUAAAUUUAUUCUAUGUGUUUUUAUGUUUGUAUAUGUUAUGUAUACCUAUUCUGUGCUGUUUUAUUGUGUAAUGAAAGCGAGUACUUGUAAUAAAGUGUAGUUAUUGUGUAAAGCAGUAUAUACUAGGAAUGAUUAAUAAAAAUAAAAACUAUAAUUGAACCUGAGUUACAUGGUAAUAACAAUUUAAGAACUCAGAAACAACAAUACACUAACUUACUAAGUAAAUACCAUGUAAGUACUAAGUAAUUAGAGGACUGUAAAAGAAAGUGCAACCAAUAAUUGUACUUUAUAUGCUUUUAUUUUUGUGUACUGUGUUCUGUGUCGAUAUACUUUGAUUUUAUUUUACACAACAUGAUGUGACAUUUUAUGCUACCGUUUUGUGUAUGUAAUGGGCUAUGUAAUAAACUUGACUUGAGAGAGAGUUC